AUGUCUGAAAACAGCACUAACCAGAAGAUCCUGAAAGGAAACGACCCCAUUCGGCUCAUCCUGACCACAGCCCUGGUACAGAUCUUGGUGUGGCCUUUCAUCUCAAUCAAUCUAUUUAUGUACUUCACCUACCGAAAGAAACCAGCACUUUGGGCAGAACCGCGCUACGUGCUCUUCUCCCAGACACUGCUCGCUGACUCGGCCCUUUUCCUAAUGACUGACUUUGCGGUCAUCACCAUUCAUGUUCACUUGCUGCUGCCGCUAGCUUUCUGCAUCCCGUUCGUUGCCCUCCUUCACGGGUUGACUUUUGCCUCACCGACCUUAAUCACGGUCAUGUGUCUGGAGCGCUACGUAGCCAUCUGCUUUCCCCUGCAACACGUCAAUGUUUUCACCCCAGGCAGGACUGUGUUCUUUUCAGUCGUGGCAUGGUUUCUGAGCUAUAUGCGACCGUUUGUCGACCUGUGCAUCUUCUUUUCAACUGUGUCCAAGAGCUACUUAAAUGGACUGAACUUUUGCUAUUAUGAAAUUCUCCUGGUGGCCCAGUGGCACAUGAAAAUGAGGGGCAAUUUGUUUAUUUUGAACUGUCUGGUGAUUCUACUCAUCCUGUUCUUUUGUUAUGUGGCGAUCAACAGAGUCGCUCGACGGGCCUCAGGGGAGGACAAGCAGGCUGCUUCCAAGGGCCAGCGGACCAUGCUGCUUCACCUCCUGCAGCUCUUCCUGUGCACGCUAGAGGUCUUAUGCCCUUACAUUGAGGCCCAGAUCAUGAAGAUCGAUCUGGACAUGUAUAUCAUUACAGUGCAAAGAGAACAGAACAGAAAUGGGCUGCUGCAGGCUCGGCACUGA